AUGCGACGGGUUGUUCACCUGGCUGAGGCGACUCAUAAGAACAGCAGCCGUCGCGAAGAAAAGGCGACGCAUUACGAUGUGCAACUGAUUGCUUGAAAGACUUUCUUCAGGGUAAGAUUCCGCCUGGUGUUACUCGAGGUUCACCUGACGGUGUCAACGCAGUCUCACCGAAAUCCCGGAAUAAAAAAGGUUUCUUCGGUCUGGUCGCCGAACGGUGCUUAACAACAGCUUAUCUGAACAUGUUCCAUUAAACACAUAGCCAUACAAACACGGAACAAACUUGGUACGUUCCUACCGUCUCGCCGCUCUACUGGAUAAAUUUGACGUACCGAUAUUAUUUUCCGGUUAAUUGCCCCGCAUUUACAGAAAUGUCUGUGGAUUGGAGCCCUACAAUUGGACUUUGCCGGGGUAGCUUUUUAGCCUUGUGGAAGCUCGGUGAAGACAUUGAAACGGCUGUUAUAAGUUCCAGGCCUGCUGCGUCUUUUCCUACAUUUUUUUUUCUCCUUCCGUUAUUUACUUGUUCUUCUUCAGAAGAGCUGCUAGAUCGCGAGAAUAUGAGAUUUUGAGCAAAAGAAACAGCAGUGAACAAAGGGACCUCGGCAAGAUUAGGGAUCCCGGCUGAAACAAUUCCUGUAGACCAUAUGAUCUUUCUUCGAAAGAUCACAAAUUGUACAUACAGACAGGAAAGAAGACAAUUUCGCAAUUUGGUUUAUUUAGACAAGUGCUAUAUCUGGUACUUUCAUUUCCAUUGCGUAUCUGAUUGAUCUUCCCAGUUUGUUUCCUCAAAGCCAUGCAUAUCCUAGUCGUGAACGACGAUGGUCCUCCGUCGCAGAAAUUGUCACCCUACAUCCGUCCCUUUGUAGACGCUUUAGAAGAUGCUGGUCAUCGGGUCUCAGUGGCCAUCCCUGCCGCGUCUCGGUCAUGGAUCGGAAAAGCACACAUUAUCGGCGCCUCGUUGACGGCGACAUAUGUACACCCAGACUCUUUCCAGGAAGACGGGACAUGGGUCGAGGAAGAUGCAACAGAGGACCACAGCAAGCCAGCAGCAGUGACAACAAAUAGUCAUCUACCACCAACGCCAGCCGCAUCAACCGAACAUUUGAAUGUCACUGGUUCAGCACCGGUUUCUCCUGAAGAUUACUGGGUAGUAGUCACCAACGGCACACCCGCCAGCUGCACCCAACUAGGCAUCUAUGAACUCUUCCCAGACCGCGGGCCAAUCGACCUUGUGAUAUCAGGUCCCAAUCACGGCCGCAACGCCUCUACAAUCUACAACCUUUCCUCAGGCACUGUCGGCGGCGCUCUGGAAGCAGCCACCUGCGGUAAGAGAGGAAUCGCACUAUCAUUCGGAAGCAAAGAUGAGCAACCCCGCGAAGUAAUUGCGGCAGCGGCGAGGUUAUCGACCCGGGUGAUUGAGCAUCUUUAUCGGAACUGGAGCGACAAAGUCGAAUUGUAUAAUUUGAAUGUUCCUAUGAGAGAGGAUGUGGAAUCGAGGCCAGUGAGGUAUACGUCCGCUUUGAGGAAUGAAUGGACCAAGGGGAGUCUGUAUGCCGAAGUGGGUAAUCAUGGAACUAGCGAUGAAGACGGGGAUAAGGAUACAUUACAGCGAAAAGGGAAACCGAAUCGGGUACGACAGUUUCAGUGGUCGACGGAAUUGUCGGAUAUCAAGAAAAGUCUCGCUGAGAGUCUGCGGGGGACCGAUGCUAGGACCGUGCUUGAUGGAUAUACCAGCGUUACGCCCUUAAAAGCGAAUUUCUGGCAUCCUUCUGGGUUUAGCGGGGAUUUGCAACUUGAUUGCUAGCUGGGUUUAAUGAAAGAGGGUUUUUAGACACGGAACUUUGGAAGGUUCAGGUAUUUCAUUGCUUAAAAGACUUCGGGAUAUUUAUAAUUAGAUGCGCUUGUGAAGCGCAUAUUCCUCUUGACUGGCACACGUUAUAGACAUAAAUCAAGCAAGCUGCGUCAAACAUACAAA